AUGAUCGAUCGUUACUGCUCCAUGCUCUGGUUUGCACAGAGAUGGCAGCCAACGCUGUUGCUGUUGCUGGCUGUCUGUCUUGUGUUCCCUUGCCUGUCUCAGAAAGUCCCCUCAUGGAUCGACAUGGAUAGCACGUUUCGAAGAAACAAAAGAAGCACGGACAGUUUCUGCAUGACAUGCGUCCAACGCACAUUAUUCAGUUACAACAGCAACGCAGCAUUUCAGCUCCUUGACACAUCUAACAAGCUCGAGUAUUGGACAGAAAUCACAGCCGGGUCAAUGGAUGGUCCUGGACCGAAGAGCGGGUUUCAGCUGGUAAUGACAAGUGUUGGAGAUUCCUUGUAUGUUCUGGGCAUCUACGAUAUCACGGUCACUCAAUCGCGAACUGUGGAGCUCUACGAGCUAAACAUGUCUACCAACACGUGGACAAACUACACGUCGGAGAUGAGAGGAUCGGUGCCUGGACAGCAAUAUUCCUACAGCUUUUCACCUUACAUCGUCACUGUCGCAUCCUGUCAAAGAUCGCUGUUUGCUGCUGGAUUGACAGCAGUGCUUCAGCUGGACUUGGACACUUUGAUAUGGAGCGACGUCACAAGUGAACUCCCGAGAGUUUGGUUCGAGUCUGCGCAGUGGAAUGCUCCAUACCUGUCGGAGUAUCAGGGAGACAUCUACAUGUCCGCUGUAGAUGUAGGAGUUUCACACAUGUUGGUCAACCGCGGAUGCGGGACAUCGGGAUGGGAGGUCUAUUUCUCCCUUGCAGAAAUUUACAACAGUGCCAUGAAUAUCAUCAUGAGCGGUGUAACCAUCAUCAGCAAUGCAGCUGGAGUGAUUCCUGUGGUAGGUAUGCUACGAUUCAACCGGAAUUACACGGAUGUCGCAAUGAUGCUAUCCGAGCUGGACAGCACUAACACGUUUGUCCAUACCCCCUGUGAUGACGGAAACAUCUACAUCGUCGACACCAGCAAUGAAGAUAUGUACAUCAUGCGUCCCGAAUACCCCAAAGUCCUUAAAGUGUCCAACUCGGGCGGGGCUGGGAUAUUACCGGAGGAUCAGCUGACCGGCAUCACAAACUUUGUGUUAAGCAGAUCCUUGAUUUCCUGGGGCAGCAGUCUUGUGACUCAGCGCUAUGAUGGGACUUAUCAGACUUUCGAUAUGCACAGCCUGACGUGGUCUCAGAUCAACAUGAUCGAUACAUACAGCCAGAUGUCUCAGAUCAUACCCCAAUACACAACAUCCUCCACUAUCUUCUCUUGGAAUGGCGACUUGUACGGUUUCACCGAUCUGCAAGGUGGCAAGAUGUACAAAUACGGCGGCAAUGGAACAUGGAGUCAACACCUACCGGAUGUGAGUGUGAGCUUGGAUUCGUAUCUGCUUGCAACAGUCGCCUUCAAUUCAUAUAAUCUACUCCCGGACUAUGCAUCAGCUGUAUCGGAUUCAUUUUAUGCAAUACAGUUCUCCAUUCAAGUUGAGAAUUAUUUCUAUGGAGAACCUGUGACGGAGGCAGAUGUUUCAAAUGGUGGAGUAUAUCUCUACUAUCCUGCCACAGGAAAUUGGAACAGGUACAGCGUUGCAAAAGGAGCUCCUUUGAAAUAUCGCAAUUCCAUUGCUGCCACAGACAGGUUUGUGUAUCACUUUGGAGGAGCCAACGUGGAGGUGGGCAGUCAGAUUGCAUGGAAUGUCGACCAAGUCAUGGACAGCUGGUUGUACUGCUUCGAUCUUGAAGGUCAAGAAUGGAUCAUUCUGUCUAAGUCGCAAACCAACUCUCCAACCCCAAGGUUGCAUCCCUCCAUGGUUGUGUACAAGACAAAGUUGUUUGUUUACGGAGGAAUCAUCAAUUACGAUACUGCAAAUUUCUGGGUUGAUCUCUACAGCUUUGAUCUGGAGACGUUGACAUGGACGGAGUUGUUCAGCAAGAAUGAUCGUCAAGACGGGGCCGUCUUCGUCGGGUUGGUCAUAUCGAUGGAGCUGCACAGCAUGAUCGGCUUGUACUACAUCCCCUCUCCCACAACCAUCGACCUGAUGCUAACUUCUCGCAAGCUCCCCAUGGACCGAGAGUCGACAGGACACAUCAUGCUUGACCUCCUCACCUCCUACGACUGGGACACCAUCCUGCUACCUCCCUGCUCUCACGCUCAAGCCUGCCUCAGCCUCGUCAGUCAGCUCACCUUGUGCGAUCGGUCCUGGAUGCCUUGUUUCCUGUCGCUCAAGGGCAGCAACUCGGGGAUAACGCUCUUCCAUGACGCUGCCAUCCUAUGCGACGCCAAGCAAGGAUGCUCCGGCAUCUCAGCCUCGAACCUCACUCUCUUCUGCUCCGGCUACCGGCAAGGCACCAACGCCGCUCUCCGCAUGCUCAGCGUGGGUGCGCACCUUGAGCUGGACCGAGUGUCGGUGUUUGGAUGCUCCAGCCAGGACGACGGGGGCAGCGUGCAGCUGUACGGGGGAGCAACGGGUGCGCUUGCAAGCAGGCGGUUCGUGGGAUCGUCUAGCGCAGGGAGCGGAGGAGCAAUCAUGCUGCAGGGAUCCACCAUGAGCAUCGUCGACUCAACCUUCGAGGACUGCUGGGCCUCAGCUGGGGGAGGAGCGAUCGCCCUGCGCAGUCAACCGGUCGACUACUUUCCUACUGUCAUGUCUCGCCCAGUCCUGCUGGUCGACCGCUCGCGCUUCUUGACAAACUCUGCAGUUGACGGCGGAGCUCUGAGAGCUGAGAACGGGUCCAUGAUCACGAUCAGGAGCAGCGUCUUCAGCAGCAACACGGUUUCGCGCAAUGGCGGGGCGAUGUACCUGCAAGCAAGCGAUGCGCGCCUCGAAGACGAUCAGUUUCUGCACAACGAGGCUGUUGGAGGAGGAGGAGGAGCUGUCUUGUGGGAGCAGCGGGAGCCGGUAGUCGUCCAUCAGAAGGAGUUCAUGUCUUCUUCCUCCCUCUGCACGGACGACCAGCAAGGGAAUAAGGCCUUUUACGGCCCCUGCAUCGCCUCAGGUUUCCACCUCCUGCAGCUGGAGGCAGCUGAGAACUCUUUCUACCCUGGAAUUCUGUUCAGCCUCAACGUCACCAAGUUUGACUUCUACCGCCAGCAGGUUCGAACAGAUUCGCAGGCCUCGCUGCAGGUCCAGACAGUCCGGCUGUCGAGCAGCAGUGGAGAUGCGCUGGUGGUGGAGUCAAAGAGUAUCAAUCUCAAGGAGGGAGCGGCAGUCUUCGACAUGUCAGUCAAGUCCUACUUCAUCGCUUCCUCUCGCUUCCCGUUCGUUCAAGUAAGCGGCAACCCAGCGAUCGAAGUCUUCGGACUCGACGCGGCCUCGGGCCUUCAGAUCCAGUCCAACCCCAUCGAGAUGGAGACUUCUCCAGCUGUAUGCCCAGCAGGGUACGUGCUCAAGGCGGACAGUGCCAGCUUCCCAGCCUUUGCGGUCUGUGACAGGUGCUCUCCUGACUCCUACGCUCUCAACGCCUUCAGCGGGAGCAACUCUACCCAGCUGGCUUGCCUCCGCUGCCCGCACGGCGUCUCAUGCCAAGGAGGAGAGGAGGUGUUCAACGAGGCGGGGUUCUGGUUCAAUCGAAGCAUCCUCCUUCGCCCGGAAAUGCAGCGCAAGACCUUGAGGGCGUACAAGUGUGCCGAGGGAUCGUGCUUCUCCCACUUCGUCUGCAAGGAAGGGCAGGAGGGUCGGCUCUGCGGCCUGUGCAAGCAGGCAGGCCCGAAGGACGACUAUUUCUGGAGUCUUCAUCUUGGUGUUUGGCUUGCUGAUGUUUCUUGCCGCCUGGUUCGACAUGUUUACAAUGAGACUGUUUGUGAUGGCAGCGGCAGGAUCUGGAUCUUUCUGUUGCCUCUUCUCAAGUACCUAGGAAUCGUCUCAGCGAUAACGCAGAUGGUGGAUGAACCUGAGAAGAAGGAGGAAGAGAAGGGGAGGACAGGCUUUCUCUUCCAAUGGCUAAGGGUACAUCGGACGAAGAUCGGAUACAUCAAGAUUCUGAUCGGUUUCGUCCAGGUGUCCUCCAGCCUCAUCUCCAUCUACAACAUUCGAUGGCCCGACCUCAUUGCUCGUCUCCUCACCAACAUCGCUUUCAUCAGCUUCGACUUCAUCUCGCUGCCUCAAAUAUCUUGCACCGCCUCUGACCUCUCCUUCCUAGACCGGCUGCUGCUCUACACAGUCGCUCCGUUGGGCCCCCUCCUCCUCCUCUCCUUCCCACACCUCAUCACUGUGCUUGUCAAGAGGCCCCAUUCGGAGGACCUGUCGAGGGACCUGCUCUACAAGCUUAUGUUCUGGAGCAUGUUCUUCAUCUACAUCAUCUACAUCCCUGUAUCUGCCAUGGUCGUCAGCACCUUCCUAUGUCAGGAUCUCGGAGACGACGGUAACUGGCUUGCCCGGGAUCUGCGCGUUCCCUGCCCUCGCACGUCGGCGAGCUUCUCCUAUGGAUGGGCCAUCUUGAUGACGCUCGUCUACCCCGUCGGGUUUCCGCUCGUCAUACUCACGAUCCUCUAUCGGUUGAAAGUGCCGAGGCUGGCGCAAGCGAAGCAUGAGCACGCCUUCUUUCAGACCCUGAGCAUGAUGACCGAACUUGAACAAGUCAAUGCUGACUGGAAGGACAUGUGA